CCCCGAUCAAAGGCCUCACACACUCCAAUGGCUGAAUCAAUUCUAAUUUCGCAUCCGUCUUCUCUCUUCUCAACUACCACCACCACCACUUCCAUUUCCAACCUCCGUCACUCCCACCAUGAAAUACAACCAUAUUUCACUCGGAACCCCAUCUCUCUCCGUUGUCAAGCUGUUGCCGGAGCCGGAGCUGGUCCCGCCAGCCCCGCCGCUACUCCCACCCCCAUCAAGAGAAAGAACAGAUACGAAAUGGAGAACCUAACAACAUGGUUACUAAAGCAAGAACAAGCUGGCCAUAUCGACGCAGAAUUAACCAUAGUUCUAUCAAGCAUUUCAUUGGCUUGCAAGCAAAUUGCUUCCUUAUUACAAAGGUCCAGCAUUAUCAACCUGACUGGGGCUCAGGGAACCAUGAACAUCCAGGGUGAAGACCAGAAGAAGCUCGAUGUCAUCUCUAAUGAGUUGUUCUGCAAUUGUUUAAGAUCAAGUGGUCGAACUGGGAUCAUAGCAUCAGAGGAGGAAGACGUGCCUGUGGCAGUUGAGGAAACCGAUUCUGGGAACUACAUUGUUGUGUUUGACCCGAUCGAUGGAUCUGCUAACAUCGACAUCGCCUUAACAACCGGUUCUAUUUUUGGCAUAUACGCUCCCGAUGAACAAUGCCUCGUUGAUUACGACAAUGACACGUUAGAUGAGGCUAAAGAGAAGUGUAUCGUGAGCGUUUGUCAGCCUGGAAGCAACUUAUUAGCCGCAGGAUACUGUUUGUAUUCGAGCUCAGUGGUGUUCACGGUUUCGAUAGGGAACGGAGUGCAUGGAUUCACGCUUGAUCCAGCAUAUGGAGAAUUCGUGCUGACACAUGAGGAUAUAAAGAUACCAAAAUCAGGAAGAAUUUACUCUUUUAACGAAGGGAAUUUUGAUCUUUGGGAUAGUAAGUUGCAGAACUACCUCAACCAUCUACGAAAACCAGGUGGACCAAAUGGAAAACCGUAUUCAGGGAGAUAUAUUGGGUGUCUUGUUGGUGAGAUUCAUAGAAUGUUGCUUUAUGGUGGUAUCUAUGGUAACCCUAAGAAUGAGAAAGCAAAAAGUGGGAAUUUGAGGUUGUUGUAUGAAUGUGCACCGAUGAGUUAUUUGGUGGAACAAGCCGGUGGGAAAGCCAUUGAUGGUGUCCAGAGGAUUCUUGAUAUUCAACCUGACCAGAUUCACCAGCGCACUCCAAUUUUCAUCGGAAGCCCAGAUGAAAUCGAUAAGCUUGCGACAUAUUUGGCUUAAAAUUUGGUUUGGAUGAUAUUUAUUGAACUUGAGCAAGGAUUCAUUUUGGUCAUACAUUCCGAGGAUAAGAUAAUCAGAAAUGUAAGUUACAAUUCAUGGAAAUUCAGAUUAAUAAGUUGAUAAAUGAUAAUGCAAUCACAGGGCUUUUAUCACCCA